CAGUGGCAAUACCGUUAUACGAUCCGAGGACCGAGGCUAGUUUGAUAGGAGUUCCAUUAUUAAACGGAUUAGCCGGUGCAUAGCGCAGCCGGGCACAAUAGCAUCAUCACGAAGGUGCGCGGAGAGGCGGAGGGACCAAAGCAUUCAUCGUCUCGGUUGGAUCGGGAGAUGGUUCGAGCGCGGGCAGUAGGAAGGAGCGGCAACGGCAGCGGUGGGCUGUGGCGGCUCGCCGACGAGUUGAAUCCACCGGAGGUCGGUUGCAGGGCCAUGGAGGCGGAGUGCAUCCGGCGGUUCCAUCGACAUGAGCCCAUGGAGAACCAGUGUAGCUCCUGCGUCCUCAAGCACAUCAAAGCCCCCGUCCAACUCGUGUGGUCUCUGGUGAGGCGAUUCGAUCAGCCGCAGAGGUACAAGCCUUUCGUGAGCAGGUGCAUCGUGCAAGGAGAUUUCGCGGUGGGGUGUUUGCGAGAGGUGAACAUCAAAUCGGGGCUGCCCGCCACCACCAGCACCGAAAGGCUGGAACAGCUCGAUGACAAUGAGCACAUCCUCAGCAUCAAGAUUGUCGGAGGAGACCACAGGCUUCAGAACUACUCAUCGGUUAUUACUGCUCAUCCUGAGAUGAUCGAUGGUGAAGAAGGGACAUUGGUGAUAGAGUCAUUCGUGGUGGAUGUGCCCGAUGGGAACACCAAAGAUGAUACUUGCUUUUUCGUGGAGGCCCUGAUCAAGUGCAACCUCAAAUCACUGGCUGUGAUAUCAGAGCGUUUGGCAGAUCAGGAUCUAGCAGAGUCGAUGGCCCUCUGAUCCACCAAUACUUUUGGAUCUUCGGAACGUCCGAGCUUUUGAUGUAGUCAGCCUUGCCUUUCUUUCCCAUGUCUUCUUCUACCAUCCCUCGCCUCGCCCUGCAGCUAUGGUUAGCUUGAACAUUGCACGUCUCUGAUGAGGUUUACUCGCCUGUGAAUGAAUGGCAGUGAUGUUUCGUGGUCACAGUGAUGCGUACGGCAGCAAAUGCAGGUCGAAUGAAGGUGUAUUUUGAAUGUACUUUCUGUAAAUAUUUUUAACUAUCUUCUCGUUUUUUAGAGACAGAGAGAGAGAGUUCUGUAAAGAGCUUCGAGAUGUCAUGAAUUUUGUUGUGAACCUAAUGGAAUAGCUAUGUGUUGGGUGA